GAGUCAAUGAAAUAAAAUUAGUAAUACAGUUACGCCGCGUACUCAGCAGAGACUGCACGUCUCGUCGCGUUUUAAAUUAUAAAAUGUAAACAAAAACAUUGUUUAUGUAUUGAGUGAAACAAGUCGUUAUUACCGGCAUAAUGAUGGAAAUAACUACAGUUAUGUUUGUGAGAGUGUCUAGUUUGUUUGUGUUACUGUGUGUGAAUUUGGAUCAUGUUUUCUGCCACACUUUUGUAAAUGAAUUGUCCAAUAAAGCUGUGACUAAAGUUGAACACCAGCAUGUGCACUGCAACCACAGACACCCCAAAGCUGAUGAAGUAAUCAGAGGGGUGCAUAUAGAGGCGGCACAUCUCGUGAAGAAACGGAGUAUAGACCAGCCGCUUCGAAUUAGCAUAUUCUAUGACCAUUCCGUCUAUAGAUUAGAGCCAGAGAAAUUCGACAUGAUCAAUAACACGAUUCUCCCUAAGGCGGUCAAGUUUUGGGAGGAGGCGCUCAAGGUCCGGAAAACAGGAGGUCCUAUUAAACUUAACAGAAAGUGCCCAACUCGGCAAGUGUUCGUGCGGGGCGGGCGCUCGCAUUGCAUCGACUCCUGCAGCGCUGAGACUAUGUGUGGUGAAGUCAGGGUGCCAGAGAAUCAUUUAAACGCGUGCUACGUCUGUAACAGCACCGGUCAGAACUGCCGAGCGUUGCCACGACGAAGAAUCAUUAUAGAGGAUGACAGCACGGAAAUCACCGGCAAUGCACUGACUGAAGGCACCGAAGACACCGAUAUGCCAGAUAUAGAAGAAGAGGAGCCUAUAGGCGUUGAGAACACGGAUUUCGUGCUGUACGUGAGCGCUGUCGAAACGGAGAGGUGCCGCCGCGGGCUGACCGUGGCGUAUGCUUCGCAUUGCCAGCAGGAAAGCGCGCUAGACAGACCAGUGGCCGGGCACGCCAACUUCUGUCCCGGCGAGCUCUCCACCAAGUACCGUGACCUCCCAAGCCUGUUGUCCACCGUGCAGCACGAGAUGUUACACGCGCUGGGUUUUAGCGUGUCUCUAUUCGCGUUCUACAGAGACGACAACGGCGAGCCGCUCAUGGAGAGGCGACCGGACACGGGAAAUCCACCCCUCGAUGAAGAACUGCAGAUCCACAAGUGGUCGGACCGCGUUGUCCGGAACGUCACAAGGAAAAAAUGGAUGAUUCGCGGCGGCUACAUCGAGAGGACUUUUCACAUGAUCGUCACGCCGAGGGUCGUCAAAGAGGUCCGAGAGCACUUCAACUGCUCAACUUUAGAGGGGGCAGAGCUGGAGGACCAAGGGGGGGACGGCACCGCGCUCACGCACUGGGAGAAACGACUCUUUGAGAACGAAGCGAUGACCGGCACCCACACGCAGAACUCCGUCUUCAGUCGCAUCACCCUCGCCCUGAUGGAGGACACGGGCUGGUACCGCGCCGACUACAGUGUGGCAGCGCCUUUAGACUGGGGCCGCGGACUCGGCUGCCAGUUCGCGACGACGUCGUGCAAGCAGUGGCUGAACGCACAAAGGUUGAGGCGUAAAAAUCCGGCGCCAUUUUGUGAGCGCAUCAAGGGGGACCCGCUAAGGACAGAAUGCUCGCCACGGCGCUCCGCCGUUGUUCUGUGUAACCUUGUUCGACAUGAAAACAUAUUGCCUAGAGCUUAUCAGCACUUCGACACGCUCCCCAACGUGGCACCAGGCGAAGAGGCGCACUACGGAGGCUCCGUGUCCCUCGCUGACUACUGUCCUUAUCUGCAGGAGUUCACGUGGCGGCACAAGAGCGUACUUAUACGAGGCAGUCGCUGCGAGUAUGACGAAAACACACCCAAGACUGACGUUAACUUCGCGCUGGAGAACUACGGGGCUCACUCCAAGUGCUUCGACCACAGCGAUCGAGUUUGGGAGCAGAAGUCUUGCCGACAGAUACGAGAAUGGCAGCACUGGGGCUCCGGGUGCUACAAGUAUAAGUGCGAAAGCGGACGCCUGCAUAUUGUGGUGGGCAACUACUCCUACACCUGCUUUCACGCGGGGCAGGUGCUGCAGAUCCGUAUAAUAAAGAGGGGCUGGCUCCACAAAGGUGGCGUGGUCUGCCCGCCCUGUAGGGAGGUGUGCGGCGCCGAGUUCAAGAGCCGCGGUGAAUAUUGCAAAGGUGGCGAAGAGGCGAUGCCGCCUAACCUGUACCCCAGUGACGUAUUACCGUGCUCGGCGCCAUCUUUGUUACCGGCCGCCAUCUUGAUUGCGGCUGCCAUCUUGUGUCGCGUCUUUUAAUCGCUUAAAUUACCAUUUUUGGCCAAUUGUAUGAACUGUAGGUGUACUGCCCAGUACAAGAGCCCCCUGUUUAUUAGCGUGCAAUUUAAAUGUCAAGCUUAAGUUUCUAACUUGCGCCACAAGAUGGCAGAACCUGAAACGCACUAUGUAGCGUGUGAAAAUUAGGCGGCAGCACCUGCUUUAAUGUGAAGUGUCAAUGUCAAGUUUAAGUCCCAACGCGUGGAUGAAUGCAUACGGUCACUAUAUGUCCUUCUCGUAUCAUUAUAUGUGGUAAGAAAAGACAAGACAGAUGCUUUGUUAAUAUGAUGAAAACGAAGGUAUAAUUGUUUGCUAUCGCAUUUUCUCGGAAACGUUCGUAUUUGUCAUGCUACUUCAGUCAACCUCAGUACUUUUUGUGCCGAGAAUGACUGAAACAGCAAGACGCGUUCGUACGUUUCCGUGAAAAUACGAUGGAAAAUAAUUAUGCACUACAUCGAUAAUCGGUUGUCAUUUUGGCUACGCCAUAUAAGAUGCAAGUAGUUCCUAAACGAACAAUACAUACUAUCUUUAACCCCUUACUGCGUGUAAUAAAAAAUAUUUGUUUAAAUUUGAACUUGAAUAGCCGUCAAUAGAGUUGAAUAUCAUAUCCGCCAUAUACGGCUUCGUAUGCGGUAAAGCUUAGAGGAUAUAACCAAACGGAGACGCCUUGUCUGUUAUUUUCGGUACAAAACAUGCCGAUUUUUGCGGGGGAGGGGCUCGUCAAAUGUAUACGUAACGUAAAAAUAGCCAUGUCAGAUAAACGUCAGUCCAUACAAUGUGUAUGACCAUUGGACGCCUAUUUUCGACAGAGGGGAACGCCUGUUAAUGGCUACUCCGUUUGGUUAUAUCCUCUAAGCGGUAAAGGGUUAAAAACAGGAUUCCCGAAAAGUUUAACGUCGAACUUUACUUUUGAACAAGUUCUUUUAAUGGUAUUUGGAUUUUUUUUGUUCGUUGGUG